AUGGGUGAUGAUGUUGCCAACAAAUUGAGUUCUAUUAAGCUUUUACUCCCUGAAGCCUCGACUUUGGAUAAUAAACAGAUUGGCUUAUAUGUAGCUUUUAGGAGUACAAAUCAUCAGAUAUCAUCGCUGAAUUCUUCUUUCGGUCAUCCUUUGGCAGAGAAAGCUUGUGCGCGCUUAGGUCUGGCGAUAAUUAUUUAA